AUGGCUUUCCAAAUGCCUACAUUCCUCACCCGUUUCCUGCGCCCCUUCACCUCCUCAGCAUCGAUAGCCCUCCAGCCUGAUUCUCUUUCCGCCAUGCAAUUCCCACCCAACUCUCAAAGGGCCAUCUUCGCAGGAGGAUGCUUCUGGGGCCUCGAAGAAUUCUACCGGAAGCACUGGGGCAACGGCAAGGGCCUGCUAGACUGCCGAGUGGGAUAUACCGGUGGCCAGGCCAAAGCGCCUUCAUAUCGCGCCGUCUGCUCAGGACAGACGGGCCACGCCGAGUCCCUGCUCAUCGUGUUUGAUCCUGACCGCGUCUCCUACCGUCAACUGGUCGAGUUCUUCUUCAAGAUGCACGACCCGACCACGUUGAAUCGGCAGGGUGCAGACACCGGGACACAGUAUCGGUCGGCCAUUUUCGCGGAGAACGACGAGCAGCUGAAGAUUGCAAACGAAAUCAAAGAGAAGGCGCAGGAACAAUGGUAUAAAGGGAAGCCCAUCACCACUCAGAUCCAGCGCGCCACUGAAUGGUAUGAUGCGGAGGAUUACCACCAGGAUUAUCUGAAGAAAUUGGAAGACAGGGGCGAACAUGGCUAUCAAUGCCCUGCGCAUUAUGUGCGUCCGUUGCCGGAGCUGAAAUAG